UUUAUAUGCAGAGGCACCACCUGUGCUCGGUCUCGGACAGCUUCUGUUCACACUGGUGUUGUCUCCAUCCCUGCCAAAGCUGCCUAGCUGCCAGCUCCAGUCAUGAGAAUCCUCUUCUUCCUCGUUGCUGUUCUCUUCUUCCUCUUCCAGGCUGCUCCAGCCUACAGCCAGGAAGCCGCUGACACUCUGGCCUGCAGGCAGAGCCGGGGCUCCUGCUCCUUCGUGCCCUGCUCUGCUCCUCUGGUUGACAUCGGGACCUGCCGCGGUGGGAAGCUAAAAUGCUGCAAAUGGUAA